GUUACUUUCUUGGUGGACAACAAGUGUAGGUUAAAUCUCUGUGAUAAUGAUAACAGAUCUCCGCUAAUGAAGGCUGUACAAUGUCAGCAGGAGUUUUGUGCAAUCUAUUUGCUACAACAUGGCGCAGACCCCAACGUAGUGGAUUUACACAGUAAUACAGCCCUUCAUUUUGCUGCCUUUAAUUCUAGUAUAUCUAUAGCAGAACAUCUUCUUGAAUAUAAUGCCAACAUUGAUGCACAGAAUAAGGAUGGGAACACACCUCUUACUCUUGCGGUAGCUGAAAGCAAUCAAGAAAUGGCAGAAUUCCUUCUUAAAAAGGGAGCAUCGGUAAAUGCCAGGGAAAACUCAGGAAGAACACCCUUAAUGACUGCUGCUUCUAAUGGCGAUGAUGCUUUAAUAAGUAUUCUCAUUCAGUAUGGCGCUGACGUUUCUGAUAAAGAUACGAAUGGAUGGACAGCAGAGGAUUAUGCUGCAAUUGGUGGAUAUUCCGAAGUUAGUAAAAAACUUGCUGGAUACGACAGUGGAAAACAUGCAGAAAAGUCUUCUUCUGAUAGUAGAAAAGGCCUGUCUGUAUUUAACAGCCCAGAUAAAGAUGGAGAUACUGGUUUUACAUUGGGCGCACCUGCAACAAAUAAAGAAGUUGUAGAUGACCUGUCUGGAGAUUCAUCAAGAGAUUCUAGAAAAACAGAUGAUGACAGCUGGCUUUCUUCUGAAGAUGAAGACUUAGAUUUCAACCCCAAGAAAUCACAGAAACCAAGUCUGGCUCACCUAGUGAACGUUUCGAAGCAGAUCAAGAAAAGUAAUGAGAGCAGUAGCAUUAUCAGAACAGACCACAUGUCCAGUUCACAGCAAAGUAAUUCAGAUUGUGAAGCUGAAGAUUUGCAUAAGUGCAUGGCUAAGCCUUUCUUCCCAGUUAUGUCCUUCCCUCAGCCUGCCCGUUCCUCACCUGGCUCCUUUUCAAAACCUAUCCAGAUGUCUGCUAGUCACUUUGGCAUUAAGCAGGAAGAAUCUUCAGGAGAAGAUGAGGAGGAGGAUGAAAAUAGAAAAGUUUCAGUUUUGGAUAGAAACGUGAUUUAUAGCCAUUCUCAUGAUCAGAAUCCCUUACAAGAUGGCAACUUUAAAAAAGAUAUUUCCCCAUUAGGAAUGGAUGAAGAAGUAGAGGAUAAGAAUACAGAAUCUCCAUGGGAUUCAGAGGAACCAGAGGGAACAGAGCCCAAAGUAAAGAAAAAAUUAAAUUUUUUGGAAGAACUUGGUUUCGAUGUGGCAGAUGAUGUUGAAGAUGAAUCUGACUGGGAUUCAACCAGCAUUUCGAUUAAGAGUAUACCCUCUGCUAAACAUUUUAAUGACGUUGUGCUGGAAGAUAACACCAAAAGUGAUGCUGCGAGUAAAAAACUGGAAAUUAUUCCUGUGGGAGUAGAAUUGUCUGAUGCUCAAACAAUAAUUCCUGUAAAAGAUGGGCAGUGUAAUGAACAAAAAGACAUCAAAGAAAUUGAAAAUGAUGAGAACAAGGUUGAAGAGGGGAAAACAAAGAAAAAAUUGGAGGAAUUAGAGACUGCAGGAAAAAGUGAAAAUGCAGCUAUUGAAAAAACAUUGGCUGUGAAUACUAUUGUACAGAAAAAUGAACAAAAGCUUACUGUAAAGGAAAACCAGUGUAUUAAAUCAGAAGGAGAAAUGUUAGCGGAAAGCCAAGUAAAUAAAGUGACAGCGACAAAGGAACUCGUUCCAAUAGCUGUUAGGAGCAUGAAGGACAUCCGGAAAAGUGAAAAUAAAAGACGGAUCUCAAAGCAAAGGGCCAGUCAGCAGAUCACUGAAAAUCCACCUCUACUACACGAUGAUAGCAGUUUGAGUGAAACGUCUGUGGAAGAAGUGAGAAAAUCAGCCAGAACUGUGACUGGGAAGAAUAAGAUUCCCAAAACAGCAGGUUUAUCUGAGGAUUUUGAUGACUUAACUCAGUCUUCUGAUACAGCCACAGAGGAUAUUGAUUCACCUUCUUCAGUCUCCAGAGAAGCUUUGAUGUUGAUGGAACAGCUUAGUUUGGAUAACAAAGCAGAUUCUGUAAGCCUUCUGAAAAUACAGAACAUAGUUCAUGGAUAUGAACGCUUAAUUGAACGUGAAAAAGGACGUUAUGUUCAGAUGCUAGGAAAAGUCAAAAAAAUUGAGAAUGAGAAGAAGGAGCUACAAAGAAUACUGGAAGAAAUGAGAGAAAUGAAAUCUCUGCUGGAUCAUCAAAAAGUAGAAUGGGAAAGCAAUAUCAACACUCUCAAAUAUUCUUUGAAGCAAGAGGAAGAAAAAAGAUUGAGUGCUGAAAUGCUAUAUGAAAAAAAUCAAGAACGGUUAAGGAAAAAAGAAGAGCAGUGCUGUAAAGAGAUGGAGGAAAAACAGCAGCAAGAGUUAAUGUUGAGAAGUCUGGAAAUGGAGUUGAGAACUCUGAAAAACCAUUUGAAAGAGGUUGAAGAACGUCAUAAUGAAACACAACGACAGCUCACUCAAGAACAGAAUGCUAGAGCUCUGCAAGAGGGUAUUUUGAAUACCCAUUUGUGGAGACAAAAGGAAUUGGAAGAAGAAUCAAAAAGAACACUGGCUAAAAGCUCAGAGAUGGCUGAUAAUCAUGACCCAGAAAAGGAUCUGUUACACAAAAAUCACAUUCUCCAAGAUGAACUUGCUGUAUUAAGAUUUGAGCUUGACCAGAUAAAAGUUCAGCGUCAGGAGGAAGAAGCCAAAUAUUUAGAAGAAAAUGAAGCUUUGAAAGAAAAAAUUGACGAACUUAAAAAGGAAUUGAAACUAAAUGAAGAGGCUUUGACUCAAACAGUUUUUCAGUACAGUGGACAAAUAAAUGUAACAAAAACAGAAUCUGCCAUGUUAACCUCUAAAUUAGAGCACAUUAAAGAAAAUAAAGAACGACUGGAGGUAGAGCUUGAUUCAUUUCGUUCCCGUUUGAGUUCUACCACUCAGGAACUAGAACGGACCAUUAUAUCGAAGAAUGAUCUUGAACGAACACUGCAACGUGAGCGUGAUGAGUGGCUUCGUUUAAAAGAUAAAUUGAAUCACGAUCUGUUUAAUCUACAAGAGACCAAUAAUAGCAUGUCUCAGCUGUUAAGUAAGACUGAAAGUAAAACUAAUGGUCUAGAAAAUGAGCUUCACCAUGUAACACACACAUUGAGAGAAAAGAACUUGCUGAUUGAAAGCAUUCAAAGGGAUUUAAGUCAAGCCCAGUGUCAGGUUAAGGAACUGGAAAAUACACGGCAAAUGGAAAAGGAUCAAAUGAACAAAUAUGUCAUAAAACAGGAAUCCAUGCAAGAACGAUUGGCACAGCUCCAGAGUGAAAAUAUUUUACUCCGACAGCAACUUGAAGAUUUUCAAAACCAGGGUGUAAUUAAAGAAAGAGUAGUGAGUGAUGUUCAAUAUAGAUUUAAUGAUAUUUUUACUAAACUUAGAGCUGAUACUGAAAAGCAAAUACAAAUGGUAGAAGAAAGAAACAAAGAGUUAAUCACAAAAUGUAGUGAUUUAAGGGAUCAGGUCUUUAAAUAUGAAACAGAAAAAGUAGAGAGAGAGGGUGCAUUAAGACAACUGCAGCAAGAACUGGCAGAUUCUCUUAAAAAGCAAUCCAUGUCAGAAGCUUCACUUGAAGUUACAACCCGUUAUCGUAAUGACCUAGAAGAGGAUAAACAGCAGCUUCAAAAGGAAAUGCAAAGGAUAAAAUCUAAGCUGCAAGAGUCAGAAGAACAGUAUAUUCAUUCUGAAAGGCGUACUCAGGAUUUGAAGAAUGCUCUGGAUGCGAAGGAAAGUGAGGCAAGCAUGCUAUCUCAGAAAUUACAAGACCUGCUAGUAGCAUCAUCAGGAACAAAUAAUGCUAUAAAACAAUUGGAAGAACAUAUACAAAGACUUGAAAUAGAAAAUGCCAGAUUGGAAGCUACAAACAAACAACAAACUAGCAGAAUUGAGAUACUUCAGAAGGAACUGCAGGAUAGUACCUCAGUUCACAAUCGACUUGAAGAACUUAUAACUGGCUUGCAAACAACAAAAAUCCGUUUAGAGGAACAACUAAACCAUCAGGUCCAGAAACAAACUGUGCUGUCAGCGACUGCUCAAGAUACUCACAACAUGUGGGAAGAAGAACUGAGGUCAAGAUCGAAACUUGGAGCUCGCCUUUCUGAGCUUGAUAGAGAAAGGACUGAGUUAAUGGCUGAAUUUGACAGCGAAAAGAAAAAAGUGAAGAAACUGGCAGAGUUAAAACGAUCAGUGGAAAUUCGGCUAGGUCAAGAAAUGAAGAGAAACAAUGAGUUACAAAAAGAAUGCAAUGGAAUUAAGAAGCUUUUAAAAACAACUAAAAAGAAACUGAAAGAAUAUGAGAGUGGAGAGAACUCAUCUCAAACGAGCCUUCAAGGAGAAAUGAAGACCAGAUAUACAGAAAUAGACAGUGAAGUUGGAAAGCUAAAAACAAAGAUAGAUGAACUUUCUCACCAACUAGAGGUUGAAUCGACUAGAUGUACUCGGUUAGAAUCUACAAAUCGUGAUCUACGAGAACAGUUGUCUUCUGUGAAGAUACUUCACAAGAAUCAUGAGAAACUGGAGAAAAGCAAACUGCAGCUAGAAGAUGAAGUCGCUAAUCUCAGACGUCAUGUACAGAGUAAUACGAUAGACUACAACCAAAGAGAACAAUACAGGAGAGAAAUUGAAGAGCGAGCUCGGCAAGAAAUAAGGCAAAAACUGGAAGAAGUUAAUUUGUUUUUGCAGACGCAGGCAGCCUCACAAGAAACUGUGGAACAAAUGAGAGCUACUAAUAAUGCUUCCCUGAAAGCUCAGCUAGAACACAGAAUUGGAGAUCUAGAGUCGGAGUUGGCUAAAUUAAAAAACAGUCAGCAAGACAAUGCCUUUUAUAAAGAGUCUACACAUACAGAACUGGAAAGAUACAAAGGACUCUAUUUAGAAGAGCUGAAAAUGAGAAAGGUUUUGGGAAGCAAAUUGGAUCGAGCUAAUGAGAAAUUAUCAGAAACCAAUGCCAAGCUCCUUCAUGAACAUCAGAGAAACAAGUCUUUACUUGCCAGCAACUUUGUAAGUGGAAGCCUUUCGGCAAGUCCUGUCUUGGAAACAAUUCAAUUUGGAAAUCUUAGCAGUAAUCUGGCAUUAAAUAGAACUCUUAGCCUUGGAGGAGGAUUUAUGAACCCAUCUGGAAAUGCAUUGUCCUCAAAAAACAGAGUGGAGGCUUACUUGGCAAAGAUGCAGAUGGAACUAGAAAAAAACAUCACCAGGGAACUAGACCAAGCCUCUGCUGAACUUGAUGCUGGAUCUGUGAGAGUAUCCCCUGUAGGAUCACUUGAUGGAUCUUCAAAAAAGUUAAAUAUGGAACAAGAUCAAGUAUCAAAGGCAACACAGCAGUAUCUGGAUGUGCUAAAGAAAAAUUACAUGAUUUAAGUCUGUUGUAAACUUGUAGUUUUAUAUAAUGGCCUGAAUACGUAUGCAAAACUUCCUAUAGUUAGAAUUGUAUUAUAUGUGUAUGUGUAUAUGGCAAUAGCGAUUCCACCUGCGCUAAUGCAGUGGUUCACAGGAAUCAGCAGCAAGUGAAGCAGGUAUCAGCCUAUUUGGAUUAUAGAUACCUAUUUUUUUUCUCAUUCAGAAUAGCAAAACAUUACAUCUCCAGAGAUGUUAAAUUAUCCUUGUAUAGCAGACAAUAGUUGUCUAAAUAAAUAAAAUUAUAUCAGUGGUUGGACACUGUAUGUUGUCUUAACCACAUUUAGAUUAUGCUUUUCAGAGUUUUUAAAGAAUUGCAAUUUAAAUUCUUAUUAAACAUGAAUUGCAUUGCAUAAGUGCUAGGUUCCUUAUCUUUUAUAAUUGGUAAUUCGGGAGGGGGAGAAAUAACAUAAGGUUUCCAAAUUUGAAUACUCCCAGCCUUAAUGCAGAACAGAGGAACACAGAAAUAAUUUUUUCACUGUUAAGCCCAUUUUAGGAAGAGCCCUUCUAGACAGGAGGGGGAGGAAGACCUCAUAGUAGUGUUAAGUAUAGGCGGAAAAAAGGACUUAACUCAAAUUAUGGUAUUUAUAAAAUUAUGUAGAGGGUAGAAAAUUGAAUAGAGGUUUGUUUUCCUCCCAUAAAACUAGAACUCAGGAGCAUAUGAGUUUAUGGGAGAGAUUCAGGAUGGACGAAAGUACUAUUUUACUCAAUGAGUAAUUAAAUUGCAGGAUUUGUUGCUAUUGUACUUAGCGAUAGCCACUAGCAUAGAUACCUUUAAAAGGGGAUUAAGAGCUAUUCAGAGGCGAGAUCAACUAUAGUUACUAGCUAUGGUGACUAAAGGGAACCUUCACAUUGAGAGUUAACCCCUGAAUUCCAGUGCUAGGCUAGGCAACAAGAGCCAGGGGAGUCCUUGGCCUCUAUGCUGUAUUUGUUAGCUCUCUAGGGCCACUUUGUGAAAAAGGACAGGAUACUGGCAGGGCUCCUUUUAGCUUCCCUUCUCAACCUGACUUAACCAAGGCUGUGCAGGGAAGGGGGAAGUCUUUCAUCUUGGUUCUUUUCAGUUAUCUUAGGUCCUUGGUAAAACCUUUUCCUCCCCUCAAUAGAAGCGGUGAAACAUCCCGGAAUUGUUAACGUGCUUAAGCCAAGAUGAAAGGACAGUUUUCUUUUUAAGUAUGCAUCUGAGCAGGAUACCGUUCUCCCCUUUUGAAGUGAUUUUUCUCCCUUAUGUUGCCAUAUUUGAUGACUUUUGUCAGCUCGCUAAGGUUGCUACCUCUGAUAUCAUGAUCAGUAUUGAGAAUACAAAUUCAUUGUCUAGUCUUAAUAUUUUAUCUUGGAUUUAUAAUACAGAAAUUCCUUGUGGUAUUGCAACAUUGAUUACCUUUUAUUUUACAGAAAGAGGUAAUUUUGAAAGGUAAUAAAAUUAAUCCUAUGGACUUUGUCCAGUAAUAUUUCUAGACUUAAUUCUGAGGAUGUGGGCUUAGGACAGAGCUACCCUGUGUCACUUAAUUUUCUAAAAGAACUUCAGAAGCAAACAAUGCUUUGUAUGCCACUAUGAAAAGGUGAAAUAGUUAAAAGAAAGAGUUGUGAGUUCCUGCUUUAUGAAUUCAAUAGGGUACAAGUGACUUAAGUGUUCUUGUAUAUGUACACUGGAUACUUAACAAUCUCAAAUAUUUUAGUAAGAUGUAAAUUUUAAUUUACAUAUCAAACCA